AUGUCAUUAAACUCUACUACUACCGUUAAUAAUAAUAAUAAUACACGUCGAAUACCACCACGAACAGUAGCUCGAAGAAAACAAACAAUUAAAAAACAGUCACCACUGGAUUCACCGACGAACGACACCGCCAGUGUGACAACUGGCUCGUGCCGCUAUGACAGUUCUCUCGGUCUUCUCACAAAGAAAUUCGUGAGCCUACUAAAGGAAGCCAAAGAUGGAGAUUUGGACCUGAACACAGCGGCUACGGCAUUAAAAGUACAAAAACGAAGAAUAUAUGACAUUACCAACGUAUUAGAAGGAAUUGGAUUAAUUGAAAAAAAUUCGAAAAAUCAUGUUCGUUGGAAAGGGGCACAAUUCCAACAAUUAGGAUCAAGUUUCCGUCAAGAUUAUAAACAGAAAAUCGAGGAACUUCGAGCAGUCAACGCCAAUCUUGAAUCGGAAAGUCAAGAACUAGAAAAAGCGGGUUAUGAUGUCGAUAUUAGUAUUGAGAAUAUAUAUAAUUCUGAAGAAGCCAAGAGUCAUUAUACAAUGGGAAACAUGGCACGUGCAUUUCCUCAACCUAGUCCACCAUUAAAUGUUCAUGAUGCAAAUGGACCACUUCGAUUCAAUAUAGAUCUUCCAUCACCUUAUCCUCACUUCUCUCAUCAUUCAUCUUCUUCAACUCAAACUCCUCCUGAAGAAGAUUAUGAUAUGUUUGAUGAUGAAUUGGAAUUAUUUGGACGGGAUCCAAAUCAAAGAACAAGAGGAGGACAUCGUCCAUAA